AUGUUUGUGGAUAAAAUCAUGUUGAAAUCAUACGAUAGUGAAUUGACACAACUCUAUGCGAUUAUUCGAGCAAACUUGACAAGGAAAAGAACCGUACAUCGCCAUAGGGAUGAAUUACUUUGCUAUUCAGACAAUGUAAGAAAUUUGCAGGCUUUGGCAAGAGGUAAGAUCAUCAGAAAGUUCCUUAAUUAUGAGUUUGAUGAGUCAGCUACGGCUUCAAUCAGCAAGCUUCAAUCACUUAUACGUGCAACUAAAAUAAGGGAGUCUUACUACCUUAAAAAGCUGGCAUUGAGCCGAUAUGAAGCUCAGAUUUCUGCAUUCCAAAGUCGCAUACGGGCAAAGGAUACUUACUUUAGAGCCUCUACACUUGCUACAAACAGAGAUCGUAUUGAAGACAGUAUCGUGGUUAUUCAGUCCAACAUUCGCAGGUUUCUCUAUCAGAAACACACAAACAAAACAAUCGUCUCGAAAUUGCUGGGUAGUGAAGGAAUAACUCAAUUGCAAUCCAUUAUAAGAGGAGGGAAGGUCAGAAAUGAAGUGCGUUACUAUCUUAGAAACAUUAGCAAACUACGCUAUGAAAUACGAGAGAUUCAGAGCAUAGCUAGAGGAGGAAUAUUGCGGACUCGUCUUUGCAAUAAUGUAUUGAUCACAUUGAUGGGAGAAGACAUUAAAAUGAAUGAGCUAUUUGCCAAGGUCAGAGGAAACAAUGUUAGAAGGGUCAUGAACUAUAAGAAAUCCGUGUUGGAAUGUGUAUCGAAGUCUGAAAUUAUCCCUAUUCAGUCUAUGUUCAGGGGCAUUCUUUUCCGUUUCUAUAGAGAUGAGGAUUUGGAAUGUAUUUAUGAACAGAUUGAUAGCAUAACCACUUUGCAAUCUAAGAUCAGAGCCAACUUUGUUACCUCCGAAUUGAAAACCAUGAUGGAUUACUACAAUCGCAAUGUUAAUUUGGUCAUUAAAGCCCAAUCUUACCUCAAGAGUAAAUAUACUCAGAAUGCCUACAAGUCAUUAAUCAACAUGAAGAGCCCACCUCUCAGUGUUGUGAGAAAAUUUGCCCAUCUUCUUUCUGAUAGUGGCCUGGAUUUUCAAGAAGAAAUGGAGUUGGCAAACCUCAAAGAUAAAAUUUUUGAGAAAUCAAAGAACAAUGAAGAGUUGGAACUGCAAAUUGAAAAUUUGGAUAUCAAAUUGAGCUUAUUGGACAAAAACAAAAUCACAAUUGAAGAGUUCAUGAAACACAAUCAUAAAUUUAAGACUUACAAACCCAUUAUGUCGAAGAACGUUGGCACAAAUGGUUUAGAUAAGCUUAGCUCCUCUGCGAAAAAGAGAAUAGAGCUCUAUCUGUCUAUGUUGUAUUUUUUGCAGACCAAGGCAUCCUACUGGAUACGUCUUUAUGAAGAGCAUCCAUCCAGAAACAAGGAUAAAUUUACUACCAAAUUGCAAGACAAUAUUCUUCUGGUUUUCCCUCUCGCGCAAGGUACAAUCAACUCGCAUUCAAGAGUCGAAUAUUUCUUUUUGAAGUUUGUCAGUUCAUUGAUGGAGUUAGAUAUCAAAUACUGCCAAAAUGUUGCUGAUAUCACAAAAAUGAAAAACGCCUUCUGGAUUGAUUUUCUUGUUGACUUUCAUAGUCAUUCUUACCAAAGAAUGCAUUUGAAGUCAUUGAUAGGCAAGGUUGUAGAAGCCAUUAUUGAUGAUGAUGAAUUAUCUUUUGAGUCAGAUCCAGCCAAAAUCUAUAGCCAAUUGAGGGAGCAAGAUAUUCGAGCAUAUGGUUCCUCUGUCAUGGAUGAAGGCGUCACUGCUCAAGAAGCAAUAAAGGACCCCAGAGUCUCAAGUGCCUUUGUUAGUAACUUGAUGGCUUUGAGAGAUGCUACAACGGACACUGUUGAAAUGUUACGUUUAACAAUAGACAAACUUCCGGUGCAUAUACGGUUCUUGGCCAAAAAAGCAUACAUGGUUUCUCAGCUUCAUUUUCCUGAUCAGAGCGAUAAGCAUCACUUGGCAGUUGCGGGCGCAGUGUUCAUAAAACACUACAUUGGAUCUAUCUUCCAUUUACCGGAAAAUUAUGGCUUCUCCACAAAACGUGCGUUUGGCUCACGCCCAGAAUACAUGGCGGUCAAUAAUUUGAGGUACUUAAACAGGGUUUUGUUGCAAGUCUUCUCGAUGAAGCCUUUUAGCGACAACUUCAUGAAACCCCUCAAUGACUAUGUCACCUCAUGCACAGAAAACACAAGGUCUCUUAUUCGUGAAAUAAUCAAUGUCAAAGAUUUGGAAGCAGAAUAUGAGAUGAAUGAGUACGAUGACAUAGUUGCUCACGAAAGACCUCAAUUGACCAUGAGAGUUGCCGAUAUGAUUUCCAUUGAAAAAUUGGUUCGUCCUAACAUUGACAUUAUGGCACCAAGUGCUGAUGAUCAACUUCGUUCUGUUGCUGAAAAGUUGCGGGAGUUGAAUGAUGCAGCAGAUGAUUAUGUCAGCUUAACAGAGAUGGGAAGCUAUACCUUAACUUUGAGUCCUGUUACCAAGGAAGAUUCAGUGGCAGACUCUAAAGCUAAAACUUUGUUUACACAAGCAAAGAGAUGCUUACUAUACAUGAUACGAGUUGAAGAAGGUGAUGACUUGUUAGAGUUAUUUAUUCAUGGUAUAAAACCAGUUCACGAAGUUACAUUUAAAGAAAUUAUAGCUUCGGAAGCUGACCUGAGUAAGCCUUCGGAGGCAAAUCCAUACAGGGCAUCAUACUUGGGGGAUAUGCCCAACAUGACCUAUGUUGAACUUAAGAAAUUGGCACUAAAGGUUAUUCUUCAGUUGGAGAGAAUGGGACAGGUUUCUAGAAAGGAUUCGUUUCAAGAGCUUUUGAACCAAAUCGUGGUAGAUAUCAAAACGAAAGACAAGCAGAGGAUAAAUAGGAAGGAGCAAAUGGAAAUUGCAAGACAGACUGUUCGCAAGUUGGAGGAAAAGGAACGGUUCUUGAAGAGACAGUUGGGAGAUUAUAAUACGCAUAUUGAUGAAGUGCUUGACCAAUUGCAACUCAGGCCAAAGGAAAAGAAAAUCUUCAACAUCAUUCCUGUUUUCAGCAAACAAUAUUUUUACCAUCGCCAAUUGAAAAAGAACAACAGACUUCCUAAAUUUGGCUCAUACAGAUACUCUGCAAAGAAACUUCUUGAGCAAAAUGUGAUUCGAGACCUUGGAGGGGCACUUCAGGAAAGGUUCGCCACUUCAUCUAAGCUCCAUUUCAUGUUCAGUUGUCACAAACUGGGUGCAUUCGUUAUUGAGGCUGCAGAUGGCCUUGCAACUAUACCAGGAGCAUGCACUACGAUUACAUUGGAUCAGUUGUUGGAUCAUCAAUAUGAAAAGAAAAAGUACUGGGAAAUGUUCAAUGGAAUGGCCGCGUUUGAAACCGAAAACCUCGCAUCCUUGAUCUUCAGAAAGUUUUAUGAUAUCAAGAAAGAUUAA